CUAAUGCCCGAAUCCUUCGCCGACGGAUCAGCCCGGUUGCCGGAAUACCGAGCACUACUUUCCUUGAAAACCGCCAUUACCGACGAUCCACAAUCCUCUCUUUCUUCAUGGGACAUCUCUACUAGUCACUGCACAUGGUCCGGUGUUACUUGCGACUCUAAAAGACAUGUGAUCGCCUUAAACAUUUCUGGACUUAACCUCACCGGAACUCUUUCUUCCGACAUCGGAAACCUCCCCAACCUCGUCAACUUCACCGUCGCUGCCAACAACAUUGCCGGUCCUAUUCCUCCUGAAAUCUCGUUGAUCUCCGGCCUUCGUUUUCUUAACCUGUCCAACAACAUCUUCAAUGAGACCUUCCCGCCAGAACUUGCUGACCUUAAAUUUCUCCAAGUGCUUGACCUUUACAACAACAAUUUGACCGGCGACCUUCCGGUCGGUGUCUCGGAAAUGACAAGCCUUCGUCACCUCCACCUUGGUGGAAACUAUUUUUCUGGCGUUAUUCCCGUGGAAUACGGCAGGUUUCCUGCUCUCGAAUACCUAGCGGUCUCGGGAAACGAGCUCUCCGGAACUAUCCCACCGGAAAUCGGAAACCUUACUACCCUCAAAUAUCUCUACCUCGGUUACUACAAUGUUUACACCGGCGGUAUUCCUCCCGAAAUUGGUAACUUAUCAAACCUCAUUCGCUUCGACGCCGCCAACUGUGGCCUCACCGGAAAAGUUCCUUCCGAACUCGGUAAACUUCAAAACUUAGAUACGCUCUUCUUACAAGUAAAUGGACUCUCCGGAUCUCUAACGAAAGAUCUCGGUACUCUAAAAAGCUUGAAAUCAUUGGAUCUUUCAAACAAUAUAUUCACCGGAGAGAUACCGGAUUCAUUCCGAGAGCUCCUAAAUCUCACCUUACUCAACUUGUUUCGCAACAAACUCCACGGCUCAAUACCGGACUUUAUCGAUGACUUGCCGGAAUUAGAAGUCUUGCAGCUGUGGGAAAACAACUUCACCGGAAGCAUUCCACAAGGUCUUGGCACAAACGGGAAGCUGCAGAUCCUUGAUCUGUCUUCAAACAAAUUAACUGGCUCACUUCCUUCUAAUCUGUGCGUCGGAAACAAGCUUGAAACCCUAAUCACAUUGGGCAACUUCUUGUUCGGACCGAUUCCGGCAUCUCUCGGUGAAUGCCAAUCAUUAACUCGAAUCCGAAUGGGGGAGAAUUAUCUCAAUGGUUCUAUUCCGAAAGGGAUGUUCAGUUUGCCUAAACUCUCACAGGUUGAGCUUCAAGAUAAUCUUCUCACCGGAGAAUUCCCGGUGACAAAUUCUGUUUCAAUCAGUCUUGGUCAGGUGAGUUUAUCCAACAACCAUCUCACCGGUCCUCUGCCUGCUAGCAUUAGUAACUUCUCCGGUGUACAGAAACUUUUGCUCGACGGUAACCAAUUUACAGGCCGCAUUCCGGCCGAAAUAGGGAAACUGCAGCAGCUAUCGAAAAUAGAUUUCAGCCGCAACAGUUUAUCCGGCAAGAUCGCUCCGGAGAUCAGCCAGUGUAAGCUCUUGACGUAUGUGGAUCUUAGCCGGAACCAGCUUUCCGGUGAGAUUCCUACCGAAAUCACUGGUAUGCACAUUCUCAAUUACCUGAACGUAUCACGUAAUCAUUUGGUUGGCAGCAUUCCAACAUCCAUAGCGUCAAUGCAGAGCUUGACAUCUGUUGAUUUUUCUUAUAAUGAUCUUUCCGGCUUGGUUCCCGGCACCGGUCAGUUUAGUUACUUCAAUUACACUUCAUUCUUGGGGAACCCAAAACUCUGUGGACCAUAUUUGGGACCUUGUAAAGAUGGGGUUGCCAAUGGCACCCAUCAAUCACAUUCAAAAGGAAGAAUUUCUGGUUCUGUGAAGCUUUUGCUUGUUAUUGGACUUCUUCUCUGCUCCAUCGCUUUUGCAGUUGCAGCCAUUAUCAAAGCUCGAUCUCUAAAGCGAGCUAGCGAAGCUAAAGCAUGGAAGCUUACGGCUUUCCAAAGAUUAGACUUUACGUGUGAUGAUGUUCUUGAUAGCUUGAAAGAAGACAACAUUAUUGGAAAAGGAGGAGCUGGGAUUGUUUACAAAGGGGUAAUGCCAAACAAUGAGCAUGUGGCUGUGAAGAGAUUACCGGUUAUGAGCCGGGGUUCAGCCCAUGAUCAUGGGUUCAAUGCCGAGAUUCAGACUCUAGGGAGGAUUAGACACCGGUAUAUUGUAAGGUUACUGGGAUUCUGUUCGAACCAUGAGACCAAUCUACUAGUUUAUGAGUAUAUGCCUAAUGGGAGCUUAGGAGAAAUGCUUCAUGGGAAGAAAGGCGGGCAUUUGUAUUGGGGUACAAGAUACAAGAUUGCUGUUGAAUCUGCAAAGGGACUUUGCUAUCUCCAUCACGACUGCUCUCCGUUGAUCCUCCAUCGUGAUGUGAAAUCCAACAAUAUCCUUUUGGAUUCUAAUUUCGAAGCCCAUGUGGCUGAUUUUGGUCUUGCUAAGUUCUUGCAGGAUUCAGGCACCUCCGAAUGCAUGUCCGCCAUUGCUGGUUCUUAUGGCUAUAUUGCACCAGAAUAUGCAUACACACUAAAGGUUGACGAGAAGAGCGAUGUGUAUAGCUUUGGUGUUGUGCUGUUGGAACUAGUGACCGGGAGGAAACCAGUUGGGGAAUUUGGGGAUGGUGUAGACAUUGUGCAAUGGGUGAGAAAGAUGACGGGUGGUAACAAAGAACGUAUUACAAAGAUCUUGGAUCCAAGACUACCCAACGUGCCCACCCACGAGGUGAUGCACGUGUUCUACGUGGCAAUGCUUUGUGUUGAAGAACAAGCUGUGGAACGCCCUACCAUGAGAGAAGUUGUGCAAAUCUUGACUGAGCUUCCAAAGACUCCCAUUGCCAAACAGGAAGGAGAUUCAGCGGCAGCCAACAGCAAUUUGUGUGAUUUGCCAUUGGCAACACCACCAGCCGCCAUGGAAGCACCCACCAACGCCCCAAAAAACGACAGUGAUCAAAACCAGCUUCGCGACCUGUUGGGCAUCUGAAUGUUGGGUUAGGUUUGUGUUAUUGGGGUGUAAUUUGUAAAUAGUAGGAUUCAGUUUAUGGCAAUUAAUUAAGCAGUUGGGUUGAUCUACAUUACAUAAAGCAUGAAAGACUUGAAAACCAUGGGAAUUAAUGUAUGGGAUAUUUUCACAGUUAAACAGAAUUGGUCCAGCUUGGUCUCUGG